UUAAAACAGCCGCUAAUGCAGAGACACAUUUUAAACAGCGGCUGUUUGCUUUCACUUGUACGGCAAAUACUUGAAAGCAGCGGAAUAAAUGUCGUGAUUCUACAACACAAGGGGAAGUGCAGUCAGCUCCUCACACACAGUCGGUCAGACUGUCUAUUUAAUUGUCGCUCGGAAGAGGCUUGUUUUAUUGUGUGUCUGAAAGUGACGAUGGUUGACGAGAAGAAACCAGUUCCUAAGAAGGGAGGCAAGAAAGCCUUAAAGAAACCAGUAGCAAAGGGCGGCAAAAAGCGGCGAAAGUCGAGGAAGGAGAGUUACGCCAUCUACAUCUACAAAGUGAUGAAGCAGGUUCACCCCGACACCGGCAUCUCCUCCAAGGCCAUGAGCAUCAUGAACUCGUUCGUGAGCGAUAUUUUCGAGCGCAUCGCGGGUGAGGCUUCCCGCCUGGCCCAUUACAACAAGCGCAGCACCAUCAGCUCCCGGGAGAUCCAGACCGCCGUGCGCCUGCUGCUGCCCGGGGAACUGGCCAAGCACGCCGUGUCGGAAGGGACAAAGGCGGUGACCAAGUACACCAGCUCCAAGUAAAACCCCAGAACUGACUGAAAAACACAUUCAAAACACAACGGCUCUUUUAAGAGCCACCCACAAUUUCCCUGAAAAAGCUAUAUGAUUUCUUUACUAAUUUAUGUUUUUGCUAUGAAGCAUUUCGAAUUGUGAAAUUGUUAUUUUGAUUAGGUUUCAAUCACAGAUUCUCGGUAAUGCAGAUUUAACCCUCAUUCAAUUAUUGGGACUCGUUAAUGAUGCCCCAUAAAUUAAUAACUUGCUGCUCACUCUCUGCUCUUUGUUUUAAGACGCGUCAUAUUCGACCCCUUCCCCUGGUUUUGGAGAGAGAGCGAAUAGAACGCAAAUGUUUCAGGUUCCAGUUCUGUUCAAGUUUGGACUCAAUAAUCGAUUUCGUAUAAGCUCCGGUUGUGUAGCAAACUUCAGUCUCAACGCUGGCAAACUUACUCCCAAGUAUGUUCAAUUUUGUCUGUCACAAAUAUCUGCAAUUUCUCGUCUAUCUGCAGAACGAUGUAAAUGGCACUUUCAGCCGGCUACUAAGAAGCUUUCAUGACGGAUCGAAAUUAUCUCGAACUGAUGCCAGAUUCUUAAGGCGAAUCUGAAAUUUAGGAAAAAAUGUGAAAUAGUCCCAUUAGAGAAGGACAUUUGUAAAAAAAUUUUCGUCAGACCGUGUUCACUAUUAACUGGAAUUUCUAUAUGAAAUGUACAUCUUGUUUUAUAAAUAAAUCGGCGGUAAUUUCGAUGUCGAAUAAAAAAAGAUUCCGUAA